GCUUUAUGAAGUAAGCUUUAUAACAAGCAAAGUCGAGGAUACCUCCAGAAUUAUCUACCUGGUUUUCACAUAGAGAAUAGAUUCUCAGCUAUCAAUUAAUUGCUAAACGCUGUAUGCUUUUUAUAUCCUCAGAGGGAGAAAAACAAAGGGUGAGAAGAAAUGUCGAACACUAGCCUUGUGACAGUGUUCUUCCUGACAGGCCUUCCCCUUACCCCAGCGCUGGACGCUCCCCUCUUUGGAAUCUUCCUGGUUGUUUAUGUGCUCACUGUGCUGGGGAACCUCCUCAUCCUGCUGGUGAUCAGGGUGGAUUCUCAACUCCACACCCCCAUGUACUACUUCCUCUCCAACCUGUCCUUCAUUGACAUGUGGUUCUCUACUGUCACGGUGCCCAAAAUGCUGAUGACCUUGGUGUCCCCAAGUGGCAGGGCUAUCUCCUUCCACAGCUGCGUGGCUCAGCUCUACUUCUUUCACUUCCUGGGGAGCACCGAGUGUUUCCUCUACACAGUCAUGUCCUAUGAUCGCUACCUGGCCAUCAGUUACCCGCUCAGGUACACCAGCAUGAUGAGUGGGAGCACGUGUGCCCUCCUGGCCAUUGGCACUCGGCUCAGUGGCUCUCUGCACUCUGCUGUUGAGACCACAUUGACUUUCCAUUUACCCUACUGUGGACCCAGCCAGAUCCAGCACUACUUCUGUGAUGCACCGCCCAUCCUGAAACUGGCCUGUGCAGACACCUCAACCAAUGAGAUGGUCAUCUUUGUGGACAUUGGGGUAGUGGCCUCCGGCUGCUUCCUCCUGAUAGUGCUGUCCUAUGUGUCCAUCGUCUGUUCAGUCCUGCAGAUCCGCACCUCAGAGGGGAGGCGCAGAGCCUUUCAGACCUGUGCCUCCCACUGUACUGUGGUCCUUUGCUUCUUUAUUCCCUGUGUUUUCGUUUACCUGAGGCCAGGCUCCAGGAACACUGUGGAUGGGGUUGUGGCCAUUUUCUACACUGUGCUGACACCACUUCUCAACCCUGUUGUGUACACCUUGAGAAACAAGGAGGUGAAGAAAGCCUUGUUGAAACUGAGAGACAAAGUAGCAGCUCUUUCUCAGAAAGAAUAAAUACUAGGAAGUAGGUACACUAGUUUAAAAAAAAAACAGUGAUAUAAUUUAGUUAUUCAUGUGAAAUUGAUUAUACGUAUAAUUCUCAGUGUUAAACACUAUUCCAAAACACUGCACAGUUAUAAUUAUUUCCCAAAUUUUCUAAGACAGUUUUAAAACAACAUCUAGACUAUUAUUUAUGAGAAAUGUGCUUAUAUUCUGAUUUAUUGAUUUAUUUUUCAUCAAUAGGUUCAUAUUUUUUUCAAAAUAAUUUUAGCUGAAUCUCAGGGAAAGAUAGUUGCAUCAUUGGUGUUUAUAACUUGAUAAAAGGCUUUUGUGUUUUGUUUGAUUUCUUCUGCACACAAACUUAAGACUUUACUAUCCGGAGACAUUGUUCAAAAAUAGCAACAAAUAUUUGAGGUCAUUUUUCUAAUUGUGGCAGUAGCUGUUCAAAUUUCUUUUUGGUUUUAAUGUAUCUGUAUAUUUGCAUGUGUAUAUACAAACUAAAUGUGUAUACAAAAGGAAGCAUGUCACAUUUAGCAUAUAUAAUGUACAAGUUUUCAUAUAUUUAUGUAUGUAUAUGUAUCUAUUUACUUAUAUGUAUCUGAAAAUAUUUUUAGAAACACUUUUUUUAUUGGGCAAAAUAGCAAGCUAUUAAUAUUUAAAAUAUUAUCAAUGAAUAAAAUAGAAAUUGUAUAUACACAGAAUAGAUUACUAUCCAGCAAUGAUAAUGUAUGAUCUACAGCUACAUAUAUGUAAUAGUUUAUACACUUAUCACAUGCACCCAUUUUUUUAUGUUUGUGAAGAUUCAAUAUAAAAAAUUAAAUCUCUUAAAUAUCUAAAUCACUUGGAGCAAUUUUGUCUCCUGGUUCACUUGACAAUGUUUGGAAAUAUUGUUACUUGUCUCAGGUGCUGGCAUCUAGUGGCUAGACGUCAGGGGUGUUAAACAUCACACAGUGUACAGGAGGGAGCCUCACAACAAAGCAUAUCAUGGCCAAAAUGUCAAUAGUACUGAGGAUGAGAAACCCAGAGCUGAAUUUAACAUUAAGUAGCAUGUAUAAGACCACAAUAAUAGAAAUAAAAUAUUUUCAGAUGGAUAUAUAAUUUACUGAACAAAUCUUGGAUUAUAAAGUGCACAGGGAGACUCAUAUUUUUAAAAUGCUGAUUCUAUUCAAAUUGAUCUAUAAAUUCAGUACUAUUCCAAGUAAAAUCCCCAGCAUUUGAUUUUGCAGCUGUAGUAUGUGGAUCCUAAAGUGUGUACUCAGUGAGUCCCAAAAUGGUCAGAUUAUCUUGAAGAAAUAAAACUUAACUGAUAGAUUGACAACACUAGUUAUCAAAACUUAUUACAAAGCUAUAGUAACUCAGAGGGUGUCGUAUUUGUGAAGGUAGACAAGAAGAAAAACGGAACUCAAU